CCCAUUUUGUUCAAUAUUAUUCUCGGAGUUGGCAGAUAGGACGUUACGCUCACGGUCGAUCUCAAAUUUUUAUCCCGUGCUGAAAUAAACAGUCGUGAAACUAGCCCAUGGCGAAUGAUAUUCUAUUUUAUUCGCUGUCCUUACGUGCUUCAUGAAAUAAAUAACAUAGUGUUAUCAUAGAAAAACGUGCUCGAAAUGGAAAUCGUGAAUAUUGAAGACGGUCAAGCCGACCCGACAGCGGUAACGCGAAAGAAAAGUUUCUGGGCGAAAAUAAAUAACAGAACCACGUACAGUUACUUAGUUAACAUUGUUAUUUCGAUUAUACUAUUAACAUGUUUAGUUCUAAUAUUAUACUUCUUCAAAGAGUAUUUAAAGACAAUUUUGUAUUGGGUGGAUGCGCAGGAUCCGAGAAUAAUAUUCCUUUUAUUCAUGGGAUUGUUUUUAAUAGUUAGUUUUCCAGUGACUAUUGGAUAUUUAGUGUUAAUUAUAACAAGUGGUUAUUUGUUUGGUAUCGUGAAAGGUUUGGGAACGGUUGUAGUGAGUGCAAAUUUCGGUGUAGCCGUGGCGCAUUUUACACUCAAGAUGUUGAGAGCAUAUCUGCCCCUCGAUCGACUGUUGAAGUCCGAUACAGCAAGGGCUCUCCUCAAAGUGAUCUCAGGUCCUCAAGCGUUCAAGAUUGUGUUUUUCGCGAGAUUAACGCCCAUACCGUUUGGUUUGCAGAACACGAUAUUCGCUGUGAGCGACGUCCGCGGCUGCGGCUACCACAUAGCUACAUUGCUGGGUCUGUUACCGGCGCAGGUGAUCAACGUCUACCUCGGCUCCACGUUGCGAUCAAUGCACGACGUGCUGCACGAAUCGCACAUCACCGGUUAUGUGGUGUUCGCUUUUCAGAUACUAAUCGGUAUCACGCUCAUGGUGUGGGUAGUGCAAAAGGCGCGAAAAGAGCUCACGAUCGCCAUAAUGGCGGCCGAGCUCGGCAGGGACACGCUCUCGACGUCCAGCAGCUCCUCCAGCUAGCCCACGGCCCACACCUCGGAGGUGGAGAGCGCUGACAGCUAGGGACGCGCCCCGGGGUGCUUCGCCCCCAUAGAGACAUAUGUGUGAACUGUGAUAUUAUGUUUAGUCUGUGGCGGCAAAUCGUUGGAGCUCGAAUGGCAGCUGUAAUUUUGACGUUUGUUUUUUUUUUUUAGUUUUGGCUAUUUUGCUGGCUAGCGGCUGUUAAAAGUGUUAUCAUUGAUGUUAGGAUCGCGUGCAAUUUUUGUUCGAUGUAUGUAUGAUUGUUGUAAUAAUUGUAUCAAAGGUUUAAAGUCUUGGUGUUUGUGUGGAAUUGUAGACGAAGACUUUAUUGCCACUAAAUUAGUUGCAUACAUAAAUAAUAUUCGCCUCUCUAAAAUUCAGUUUUAUUAUAACUGUAUAUAUUCGUCCCAAUAAUCAUUAUAUAUUAUAUUAAUAUAUUUAAAAUCUACGUUGAAUGUUGAAAUAUGGAACUGUUGGGUUUUAAAUUAUUUCUGCGUAGUAAGCCAAGCCGAUAAUAGCCGGUAUUCACUAUAAAUUAUUCCGGCAAAUACGCGUGACACAACGGGUCAAUAAAAUCGUAAAUUUCGUAGAUUUGAAUAUUCUUAUCUGAAGAACAUCAAUUGUUAUGCUUUGUUUCCACUGGUGAAGGUUUUAUCAUGUCUCUAUGUUGAAUAAUAUUCCAAUAAUGUUAAAUCUGUAUUAUUUGCUUAUGAAUGACUACUGUAAUAUGAUAUUCUGGUAGGUACAAAAUAUAACCUAUAUUCGGGUAUAAACGAGAUGAAAGUUUUGAUGAUGUAACAAAAAUGCAUUAUACGUGUUAGCAAAGUUAAACGCAUGACUUUUGCAUGGGGUCUUUGUGUUGAUCACGAAGGAUGAUCAUUCAAUUUUGUAGUUUUAAUCUUAGCAUCACUCAUGUGUCAUAUCGCUAACACUGAUCAUAAUUUUUUUCGUUUUUGUAAGUAAAAACGGUCUUCUUUAUUAACCUUGUAUGUCAUUCUUUUUUUUUCUUUUUUUUUUCAUUAACUGUUUGUUGACGUUUUUAUUUGAAUUUUGGAAAAACGUUUAGAAAGAAAAACAAAGUGGCUUUGUUUGCCUUUUUUUGUGAUUUCCUAUCAUUUUAUGAGUCAACUAAGUUGUUUGUUACCUUCCCCAAGAAACAGUUGUCGCAUGCCAAAAAAUGACAAGAAAUGUUUAAAAAUGAACGCGCGCCGCAAUCGCGUAUACUCUGUUAUGAAAAUACCCGCCAUUUCCUUACGGAACACGCAAGGGCGGGCAUUUGUUAAUUCAGUAGGUAACAUUUUACGAUUUCACUCUUGUAAUAAACUUGGUCACGUACACCCAAUGAGCCAUAACUAAACGUAUUACGCGUGUGUGAAAUGGCUUUUGUAUUGUUAAUUUUAAAUAUCAAAGACUCGGCUGCGUGGACAAAGGAGUCUAUAUGUGACUAUGCAUUAGGUACACCAUAGACCAUUUAUUUAUUUUUUUAUUCACCAAAAUUAUUUUUAAAUUAUGUUUCUUUUAGAAAUUAAAAACUUUUUAACGGAUUUUAAACGCGAUUUAUUCAUUAUAUUAUUAACCCGUUAACGUUUCAAACACUUCACAGCGAGCGUGGUCACGGGGAGACUGAGAUGUCUUGAAUUCUUAUUCUUUCUAAUGUUGGCAUUCUUUACGUCGAAGUUUAUUUUUCAACAAACCAUAUAACGUGUUUGUGGCUGUGAAAGUAUAAAACAUUCUCAAGCUAGUAACAUGGACGCAUACCAAAUUAAGCGUGUAACUAUAUUCAAUAAUACUAAAAUUUUAAUGAUUUGAGCAAGAAAUAAUUAUGUAUUUUACAGUUUAAACAGUUGAAAUGUAUGUACGUAUAAUAACCCAAAUGGAACGUAAUUUUUUUUUUCUUUUAAAAAAAUAAAUAUAAAAAUAUAAUGAGUAAUUACAAGGAACAAAGGAAUUCCAACAAUCGAAGUGAGUUCGUUAACCACAAUCAGUGUGUGUCUCGUGUUGUUUUGAUUUCAGAAAUAUUUUUUUAUGUAUUUAUAUGUUGGAAUUGGUCCAAACGGAACGCUGCGACGCAACGUAAAUAUACGUAUGCUAUAACAUACUGACGAGAGGUUUUACGAAGCGAGAGAUUUUUUAAAUAGUCGAAGCUAAAGUUUAGUACAUCAAUAUCAUAAUGAUUAUCAGCCCGUAUUGUUUCCACUAUAGGGACACGCGCCUUCUAUGAGGGUUCAGGCCAUAAUGCACCACAAUGGAUUAUGGCCAGGUUGGCACAUGUCAAAUGUCGUCGAAUUUUGAAUUCUUCGACAUGCCGCUUUCCUCACUAUGUUUUCCUUCGCCGUUUCGAGGCUUGGUUAUGUGAAUAAUCUGCAGUUAAAUAGAAAAAUCUACUUAUUUCUCGGACACACUUUCUUUUAUAUAUUAUGAAGUGCAAGUGCAAUUAUUGAUUCGUAUUUUUUUUCUGUGUCAAUUAUUCAGAAAUUAUACCAUGCUUUAUGCGUUUUGUUUUAAGAAAUGUCUUAUCUAGUUCCGUAAUCUAAAGUAAAGAACGCAUUGAGUUAUCAUCAAAGGCAUCUAAGUGCAAUUAGUCGUUAAAUAACCCACGUAAUAUAUCUCAAAAAGAGUAAAGAGUUUGUACUUAUUCAUUUUAACUGCAAGUUAUUGCUGGCACAUUCGCCAAAUUUUUCUUAUUUCCUUGCCUUUCAAACCGGAUCUAGAUAAAAAGACCAAUUUUAUAAAAAAAAAAAUGCCUGUAAUUAUAGGUUUGAUAUAACAUUAAUAGUAAGAUAAUGUUGAGUACCGAAAAGCUAUCAUCACUAGAUAGUAAAAUUACGUGAAUAAUGCGAGUUGUAUCGCGCCUAAAGAUUAAACCUUGUUAUCAGCUUAUCGCUUAUAAUCGGAUAACUAAAACGUAAAAGGUUAAAUUGAAAAAGAGAAUAGCGACAUAUUUAGUCCAAGGACAUGCAUAAAUGUUAAAAUAAGAAGUUAUUAGUAAUUCAAGUCUUACAUUGCCAUUUUUAUAUAGUCCUGUUCAUGUAUAGAAAUUCAACUGAAUGAUCGAUUUGGCUGUAUGAAUUAAAGCCUUUGCCUGACGAAAUCAAAAAGAUGUUUUUUUGGCGGCAAAAAUAAUGGUUAACUGUCAUUAUUGAUAAUAUUAUUAUAUAUCUAUUUUUUUCGAUCUCGAAAACUAUUUUUAUGUGCAAUCGAGUCUUCGUCACUAUUAAAUUCUUGACAAAUCUGACUGGAAACUGCAUGCUGUAUUUUUUCCUGUAUUUAGUUCCCUUAAUAGUCGUGAUGUGGUUGAAAUAUUUGUAUGUAUAUAAAUGGGUAAUAAUGUACUGUUAUAGGUAAAAAAUACUAGUAAUAUUUUCGAAAAUUGUACGACGAGUAGUAUUAAUAUUGUUGCCAAAAUUUGUCAUAGUCAAAAGAGGCAUAAUGUAAAAAUUAUCUGGAUUGUAGUGUCGAGUUUUGUUUAAAAAAAAACAUUAUAGGUAGCUAAAUUUCUAUGUAUAGUAAUGCAACAAUCCUUAAUAAUUGAUAUUCUGUAUUUGGAAAUAUUUUGAUUGAAUUAUUAAGAUUUGCUGUAGAACAUUUUGUUUAGUUAAAUUAAUCCAAAAAUGUGUUAGAAACCAUUUCGGUUUAAGUUAAUUUCGAUAAUUUUAUAAACAAUGUGAUAUAACGUACAAAGUCUGUUGAAUGGGACCAGGGUUCUUAGUUUGUCACUAUAAUGUUAACGGUUUUUAUUUUACUUGUUAUGUUCUUAAAAGUUUUAUUUUAUAUCUACAAAAUUUAAAUGAAACCUCUUUUGACAGUGACUGUACAUAUUAUAAAAAAGUAAGACAUGGUAUUAAAUAUGUACAUCCAAAUAGAUGAGAUGUUUAAAAAAGUUUAUUACUCUAUGUCGUGAUUGGCGCCAAAAUAUCUAUGGGUGUUCUGUAAAAACAUAAACUUACGAAUAAGAAAAUGCAUGGUCCGCGGAGUGAAAAUAUUUAUCGAGAAAAUGUUGUCAACGUUGUAAAAAAUAUGGUAAUAAAAUAUAUUGCUUCGAUAGGAUUCGAUUAUGUUGUGUAAAUAUAUAAAUGUGUAUUGUAGUGACUGAAAGCGUGGUGUGACUUUUAAUAUUAAUUUCAAAGAAUUUGAUAUUUUUACUCUGGAAUUAAAAAAAAAAAGAAAAAUUCAUAUGGAUAUAUUUACAUCAUACACUCAACAAUUAUACCAUCAAGUAUUUGUUAUAUUGCAACGUUUGUAGCAAUGUUUAAGGCUACUAUUUGUUUAGACACGAAAUUAUCAUUUCACUUUAAUAAUUUUUUAAAAAAUGUUUAAUAUGUAAGCAUAUAUCUAAUUGUUUUUUAUCAUUUAAAUAAAAGUUGUGUUAUAAUAACUAUUUUAUAUCCUUUUUGAGAUUAUGUCUGAACCCGAGGUAUCGAGUGUACAGGAUGAAUGGAUAUUUAAGUUAUAUAUCCUAAAUUAUUAUAGUUUAAGAAAUACGAGUAAGAUGUACAUUAUUGACGCAUGUAUUCUUCAACUAAAUUGAUUAGUGCAAUACGAACUGUAUAUACAUAAUGUUAAAGUAUAAUUUUGAUAUGCAUAUGUAUAUUAUUAUAAGUAAAAUUGUUUCUACCAUUAUGUAUUCCAAAGACUGAUAUUUUCUUAUUUUUUUAAAGGUUCCGUACACAUUUGUUAGAUGUUUCAUUAAAAAAUUUAUUGUAAUCAUAUAUAAUUUUGUUUGAUCCUCCGUAUUCGAUUGAAUACCAAAUUAUUCAUUCAAAGAUUUUGUGCGGAACCUGCAUAUAUUCCACUAUCACUUAUGUCUUUAAAUUAAUUUUGAUCUUCCCUUUUUAGCCCACUGGUUGCCAUAUAAAAUUAUAUAUUUAUUUAUUUGUUUGAGAAAAUAAGUCUGCUGUAAAAAAAUAUGAUAAUUAAUAUAAUCUUUCAAAGCAAUGACCACAAACAUCGACCUGUGCCAUACUGAGAAAUUGUAUUUUCACUAUUUAGUAUUUAUGUUCAAUCUGUUGCAAAAAAAAAAAACAUAUUUAUUCGUGUUAUUUUAGCCAAAUAUGAAUUUAUUUACUGUUGGAGUAUAUGUGCCAAAAAUUAUUUUCAAAAUUGACACUUUCAAAAAAUCAAAAAUGGGUUGUUUGAAUUUCAUAAAACUUCAUUCACAUUCUUAAACGUUCUUUAGUAUCGUAUGUAGUAAAAACUUAAAAUCCCGGAUUUUACUGAAUACAAGUUUGUAACAUCAGCACAGAUAAUAAUUUAUAUCAUCUGUUGAAUUACACCAUAGAGUAUGCAGUUGUUUUUUUUUUUUUUUGUAAAGUAAAUCACGAAUCACAUAUUGUAUUGCAACCAUUUUACUUCAACCAAAUUUCUCUGUCCAUUUUAUUAAAUAAGUUAAUAUACUUCAAAUAAUUUCUAUACUCCAGAAUAAAUAUUCUAAAUAACAUGUUAUUUAACCUUACUUGUGUACUAUAAUUACUUAAUAAUAAGCAAUGUGUGAUGCUUAAAAAGCUAAAAAUAAUAUGCUCAGUCUUAUAUUCUAUAUUUUGUAAUAAUACUUUAACUAUAAAAUUAUAUGUGCAUUUAUUGUAAACGAAUUUAUUUUGUGUUGGUUUUAACUACCCACUGUUAUGUUCAAAAACUAUGUUUAAUCAAAAUAAAUGAAUGUUAAUAUUUC